AUGCCGCGACAUCAAAGCCAUCAGCCCCUUAACGGGUCUGGCAUCACUUUUGUCAACCUAUCACACCCAGAUGACAUUCGACAACACGAUAUCCAAGACGGCAUUCGCCGCCAUGUGUUGGCGGGUGUUGGCCGUUCGCGGCGGAAAAGGCCACGACAUGCCGUCAUCCCUCUGGAGAUCAUGGCACCCGAAGUGAACAGAUAUGAUUUCCAGCGAGGGGAGCGCCCAGUACAUCACCAGAGUCCUGACGCCGCUUAUCCGCCCGAAACUCGAUCCCCUAAUCGCCUGUUCCAGCUAGAUCGGUAUGGAGUACUCGGAGUCGAACUGACUGACCGAACUCUGCAAAUCAUCCACUUUAUCGCAUCGGAAUCAGAGUAUAUAAAUCAACCCCUCCACAGGAUAUGGGUCCGUAUGGGCUUCUCCGAUCCCACUGCCUUGCAUCUUUCCAUGGCCACUACGCUGCUUCUCUGGAAUCGCAAGAACAAUGUCCCUAUACUCAAAAUUACCGAUGACAUGGAACCUGUAAGAUAUUACACCAAGGCCCUCAAGGAUUUGUCGGUCCGCUUAAGCGACCCCUUUGACCGCACGAGUGCUGGAGUUAUAGCAACCGUUAUCGGAUGUCUCUGCCAUGAUGUACAUAUCGGCAACUGGGGCCGCUGGUCGACCCAUAUUGAUGGCCUCUAUGAAGUAUCCAAGCUGCGCGGUGGCAUGGAUAGACUAGAUAACCACAUCCCGGCGAUAGCUUCCUGGCUGGAUCUCGUUGGCAGUGCGGCCUUUGAUACGCUGCCGCGAUUUCCUAUUCCCAAGGAGUUUACCGCAACUGACAAAUCACCAAGAGAAACGCCUCCCGCUUUGCGAUCGCUUAUACUCUACAUGAGCCUGGCGUUCCCACAACUGACGCCCAUAUCGGAAGCUUUAUGCAUGACGUCCUCGGUAGCUCGCAAAGUAAAUACCAACAGCCAUGAUUCAGACUUCUGGAAAGAUGCCGUCGGCGCUAUGGAACUUCUCGGCCCAGUGACGCACCAUCUGCUCUCUGCCUGUCGUAUUGACUCGGUCGGCAUUAAUGCCUCUAGGAUCCAAGUCCUUGGUGAGAUAGUCAGGUUGGUAUGCCUAAUGCUACUCUCCCGUCUCAAGGGCCUAUUCUCUUUGAACACGCUGGACAUGACACCGCUCUGGACAAGAUUCAUGGCCACGCUAUCUGUAUUUGUCAUCAAUAGAGAUGCUGCUUGUUUGGAUGGCCUUGAAUUGUGGGCAUUGGUGACUUCAGCACUUGUCCAGCCUGGCCAAGGCAUGGAAGAAUUGCUUCCACACAUUGAAGCUGCUAUGAGGUCCAAGGGUAGCACGGAUAUUCAUGAGGCAAUUAAGCUGACCAAGGAACUGAUUUGGAUAGAUAUAAUUGAAGGGCAGGGAGAGGCACUGUUGGCUGGCAGGAUGGAUGAGACAUGA